UUAGGAGAGUAGUAAAAAGUCACUUCGGUAUCGAAGUGGCGUGAAAAGUCUGUUUCCCACUUCCACACGUUUUGAAUGGUCUUCUGCCCGGCCCAGUGAUUUACCAAUGCAUUCUUGUUGUGUGAAGUUCUAAAUUACGUUAUUGCUGGAGACCCACAAAAAGUCAUACUGCAUGCUAUUUUAAACUUUGAGAAAUCUCCCUAACAGCAGUAUCAAAAGUAAUCAAAAGUAGCGACCUAAUUAAACGUUUGAGAUUGAAAUGAUUUCCAACAUAAUAUGAUUUUCACUUAGCUAGAACUAAAACAUAAGGCUUUUCAGCCUACACUCUACCGCUACUAUAGUAUCUAAGUUACCGACUGAGAUGUUUACCAGAGCCAUGUAUUUAUUUUCUAUAUAAAUGGCUCUGCUGUUUAUCUUUUAUUUUGGACUACUGCACAAUCCAUGAUUGGUCAAAACAUAAACGUCAUCAUAUAGCUAAAUUUGGCGCGAAUUUCGAUAACGCUGCUCUCUGAGGAGAAUCUGCCUGUAACGUUAGCUAGCUAGCUAGCAGCUAACAUCAACCCUUUAUUGAUCUAAUCAAGAUCAAUCUGAUCUUUUUACAUUCUACACACAGGUUCUAGACACCAAAUUGCGAAACAAUAUUUCUGCAUGAAUUGAGGGAAGAUGUUUUACUAUCCAAAUGUUCUUCAGAGGCACACUGGCUGCUUUUCCACUAUUUGGUUGGCAGCCACCAAAGGGAUCAGGAUAACACGCAGAGAGCUUCUGAGGGUCAACGUUGGGCGGACAUGUGAGGACAUCAUGGAUUACGUGACGGUCCAGGUGGCUCCGCUCUGCCCUGGUCUCCCUCGGCCUCGCUUCUCCCUCUACCUGUCCUCCCAGCUGCAGUAUGGGGUGGUCAUCGUCUACCACCGCCAGUGUGGUUUCCUUCUGGAGGAGAUCCAGCAGACCAUGGAGCGCCUGGUGCGCUCCGAGAGACACUCACGCAUUGACAUGGCCGAGCCUGACAGACAAGCCCUAAAUGUCCCAGACUCCCUGUUCCUGCUGGAGAAGGCAGAGGGGGCACAGGACCCCUUCUUUGGGGUGAUGGGCUUUGAGCACCUGCUGCCUAGUCCAUAUAGGAUCCCUCUGCCAUGGCAGCUGAUGGAGAGCAUGACUCCAGAGCGCCCUCUAGGGACCAGUCCUGGAACUGCAUCAGAGGACGGAGGUUUCAAUUCCCCUCCUGAUGCCAUUACCCUGAAAGAGAAGGAGCAGCUUGUCAUCGCUGCUGCUGAGUUUGAAGGAGCUGAGCUUCCUGAAGCCACUGGCAAAGAGAUUGACAUGCUUCUGGAGCAGCAGGACCAAUUCCAUGACGAGAUGGAAGAGCGGGAAAGGGAGAGAGAGGGAGAGAGAACCAGGGACAUGGAGCCAGGAAUGACCUCCAUUGACCAGCUGAAGGUGUCGGUGGUGGGCGGGGACAGUGUGUGGCUGCUGGACGAGGAGACCGGCCUGCCUGUGGAGGUGCCGUUAGAGGUCGUUCCCAUGGAGAUGACCCCCCCUCCUCAGGUGGCCAUGCCCUCUGCCCCAGACACCUCUGAGAGAGAGGGGGAGUCCGCGAGUCAGUCAGAGAGGGGGACAGAGAAAGCGCCGGAGAGCUCAUGUGGCGAGCUCCCCCAUAUAGACGCUCUUCCUCCUAAGAGGCGGGGUCGCAGACGGCAGCUCAUCUUCGCCGACCCUCAGGUGCAGAUCUCCCAGGAUACCAUGCGAGUGCAGAUCGAGGACACCAAGGCUGAGACUCUGCCCCUGUCUCAAGUGCUGAUUAACCUCCCUGCCCAGAAGAAGAUCCUCCCAGUAGAGCUCUACCUUGCCCCCUCUGGCUCUCUCCUGCACCCUGACCUCCUGUUGCUAUGGAAACAGUGCGCCGUCCUCACCACACUCCCUCGCACCAGGGAGAGAGGCAGAGGGGAGGAGACGGAGGAGGAGGGCAGCUCCGAGCUGGACAGAGAGAUUGAGAGGAAGAGGAGGGACUCUAGCAUGCGAGAGAUCCCACGAGAGUUGCUGAAUUCAGGAGGAGCAGCCCCAUCUGAAGCAUCAGCCGAGGUUCUUCUAGACGUGUCCAAAGAGGACAAAUCACUAGAGCAGAUCACCCCUGUCAGCAGAUGGUCUCCUAUGGAAGAAGCCCCAGUGCCUAUGGAGGCUAUAGUAGAGGUACAUGUGGCUGUACCAGACAGAGAAGAGGAGACAGACAGAGAGGUCACUGCCGAGGGCCUGUUGAGUGUGGUGUCCUCAUACCUCCUGAGGUUUGGGAAAGUCACCUUUCACUCUCUGUUGCCCCUGGAGGCGGACCGUACAACUGCAGCCCACAUGCUUACCAAACUGCUAGAACUGGUGUCUGCUAGGGAGCUGGCUGUAUGUCAGGCUGAACCCUACAGCCCCAUCACCAUCAUCCCUGGACCACUCAGCGCCGUGCACGCCUGAGGAACACAGAGGAUGUCUCCACCAGUGCUUGACUUGGACAGGAGUUCACCGCAGCUGAGUACCGGCACCUCAAAUGUUCUACUGCUUUUGCUCC